AUGUUUGAAUCUACGUCCACUAACGAAAAUGUUACUGUAACUCAAGAAGGUGAAGUAUCUGAUAAACUGUCUUCAAAUAAUAAAGACACUCCUCCUCCUUCUGUUACUAGUAACAUUUCGGUCGACCUCAAAAAUACCUUUCCUACUUCUGAUCGUUUCAUUCAAAUUAUUGAUGUUCCUAAAGCUCUAAAUAUUCAAAACAAUCAAAGUAAUCCUCAAUUUAUUCAAAAUAAUCAAUUUAUUCAAAAUAAUGAAAUUAUUCAAAAUAACCAAAUUCAACCUAUUCAAAAUAUUCAAAAUAUUCAAAAUGUUCAAAAUAAUACAAUUAAUGAUUUAUCUUCAAAAGUAAUACAUUUAUUGGAUGCAACAACUGAGGAUCCCUUUACUCUAGAAACUUUUGAAACGCUUAUACAUCAACAUACCGAUAAAGCUAAAGAUUUUAUUUUGGCUAGAGUAACUACUGCUGAUCCUUCGGAUGAUUCAAAGAUAUAUAAUUCUUAUUAUUCGGCUCAUCAUAUUAAUAAACCUUUAAAUAAUAUGAAUAUUAUUGGUGACGUAUAUUAUUAUGUCGUUAAAGCUGAAACUGUUAAACCGAUUCAAUCUUCAACCUCUCCAUUAACUGUCCAAACCAAAAAUUUUUUACUCGAAAAUGGUGUUCCUAUGGCUGAAAUAUCUGCUACCUCUGCUCUUGAUACAAAUGAAGGAGAUUAUUUGAUUAAUAUUGAUCCUGAUAAAAUAAUACAUAGAGAAUGUGGUUCACAUUCUUCUCCUCCUUCCAUAUGGCAAGGUGAUCGAGAUGUUGAUGAUUCUAAUCCAAAUAAUUCUGAUAUAAUCAAAAAUAAUGAACGUCGAUGGUCUGAGAAUGAUUUAAUACAACCUCCUCCAAAAGUUUUUCAUCCUGUUCAUCUUCAAUCAAAAAGACAUUCUUCUAUUACUAGUCUACCUUCUUCUGAUCGAAUUACUGAUCUAUACUUGCAAUCUCAACCUUCUAUCACUACUCCUGAUAAUAUUCAAUUACAUGAAAUCAAUUCUACUUCUUCAGUGUCAACUCAUCAAAAUGACAUUACUACCGUUUCAAAUCCAUUAUCUUCUACUUUGGAAAUUUCAAAAAUACCAAAUUCGUUCUAUAAAUUUGAACACACAAAAUAUAAUACACCUCAUAAUUUUUAUAAUCAAAAUCCUGUUUCAAUAUCUCCUUUAACAAAUCAUCAUUCCUCUAUAUCUCCUAAUUCAAUUAAUUCAAAUGAAAAAGAAAAUACUCGUAAUGCUUAUUAUUAUCAAGCUAUUUUUUAUGCUACCGAUGAUGAUUUCUUGAUGAAAUCUUCUGUUCGGCAAUAUUUCAAAUAUCACGCUUUAGAUCCGUCCGAUACUCAACUAUUUAUUAUCAACACUUCUCAAAGUACUCAUGCAACCGGAUCUUUAAACGCCACACCUCCCAGUACCCAUUUGGAACGUAUAAUUGCUAACAACGGAACAUUUGUUGAUGACAGUACUACAAAUAGUAGAAAUGACUCAAUUGGUGGUUCGAGAUGGGCAAGGCAAUUACGAAAUAUUCGUUCAAAUAAGGGUCUUAAGUGGUUGGUGUUAAUGUAUAUGGUUUUUGGGUUUUUACUAAUAAGGUUCGUAGUCAGUGAGGCUUACGCAUACCUUAUGGCUUUUUUGCUGAUGCUAUGUUUGUUUCUCGUCUUUUGUGUUGGAAGUGGAAUUGGUAUUUGGGGAAGAUAA